UCUUAGUCUGAAAGUCAAGAUAACUAAUUGGUGUGUGUGGUGUGUGUGUACCGUAUGGCUGCCGUACUACUGGCGCUGGUUACUAAGCUGCCAGUGCUCCGGAAGUUCUAUCUUAAGAAUUGGGUGGCUUCGAAUUAUGAUUCUCGAACACCACCAUCACCACUAACUAUUGCUCAUUUGCUCUUUAACCAUAUUUUGGCUGCUUCAACCCUAUAUGCUACAGCUUUAACUACAGUUUAUAGGCCAUUCUCUUGACGGAGUUAUCCUUUUUAGGCCGCUUCAUCUCAUGGGCUGUGAUCAGAAAGCUGCAAAUCUCGCAGUUUCUCGCGUGGUCCCAGUGUUUCUUGGUCUCAUCAUUAUAUAUACUAGCUGGACGUUUACAAAGUCAUUAUGUAUCGAUUAUCUGUUAGACCCCACUACGUCAUCACGAAGAAAGGGAACGGCAAUUGGAUUAUUGGUUGCUUUCUAUAUCCUGCUGAUAGUACUUCUUGUGUCAUACCUACGAUUACUAGUUACCCUUAUAUGGAAUCCUGACUACAUACCUCGAGGACCGCAAUACAUCGAGUCUCAGGUGGAAACGGAGGCAAACAAAAGGAUGAGCAAAUAUCGAGGACGAAGGAGGCCAACUUCAGACAAAAGCAACGGCGAUGAUGAAUGGCAUGGCCUUGGGACAAUAUUUAGAAGACCCGCCGAAAAAAGCUCUUACCCUGUCGAUGCUUCUGGACUUGAAGCCUUCUACUUGAAGGACGUAUUUGUCUGCAAGGAAGAUGGUAGACCAGCGUGGUGCUCUACUUGCUACCAAUUUAAAUCCGACAGGGCUCAUCAUUGCCGGGAAGUAGGUCGAUGCAUAAGAAAAAUGGACCAUUUCUGCCCUUGGGUCGGUGGAGUGGUCAGCGAGACGUCCUUUAAAUUUUUUAUCCAGUUCCUUUUUUAUACGUUUCUUUUUACAGCAUUAAUUUUGGUUGUGUUUGCUAUAUUUGUAGCAGAACACCGCAAAGAGACUGGAAAAGUCAUUGUCCAUUGGGUUGUGGUUCUAGGAAUGAGCGCCCUGUUCUGCCUUUUCUCGUUGGGGAUGCUGGGAAGUUCCAUCCAACUCGCAUGCCUAAACUCGUCUACCAUCGAAAAUCUUGAUCGACGCACGAAAGUGUGGACCCUUGCUAUUUUGAUCCCAACUUCGCUGAAAUUUAACAGAGACGGCACAGAAUCCCAAGCCGCUCCGCCAUUUCCUAUAGUUUCGUUCUCUUUGCCGUUUGGAACAUGCUCUCCUCUGCAAAACACAUCUGACGUAGGUGGUUCCAACCUGCUGCAACGAGACUUCGCUAUCCUACAUACAAAGCCAGGAGAGAACCCUUGGGACUUGGGCAGCCCGUUGGCAAACCUUAAAGAAGUUAUGGGAUAUUCUUUUCUAGACUGGUUUUCGCCAUUGAAAAAUUCUCCCUGCACUGACCAUAGCAGCCAAGAAAGUGCCUUCCGCCUGGGUCCUGUUGUUCAACGACUCAGGCGUGAAGCUGGUCUAGAAAGCUGCAACAGUGGCGGAGAUUUUACUUCUCAUGAUACAACGCAACGGAAUAGAGGUCGAGGAAAUAAUAGAAAACCCAGCAACAGUUCCAAAAUGCCCUAUUCACAAAAGCGACGAAAACGCGAGCAAAGAUCACGAGAUAUCCAAAAGCCACCAAACACCCACGGCAGGAACCACAGCCACGAGCCACAUCGAAGUGAUUCAUCUAGAAAUAAAUGAAUCUGCAAUCCUUCGUGCCAGCACCACAACAGCAUCAGAUUCUCAAUGCUGAUGCUUGCCACUACUAUUAAUACUUUAUUUUAAUUUUUUAAUACUCUACCUGUAAUUUGUCUUUCGGUUCUUUCAGCAACCGUUCCCUAUCCUUAUGAUUCUUCCCUUUCCGGGCAAAUUUACAUACAAAGUCGCCCUAUUGGUCCGGAUUUUCUACUAGUCCCGACUAAAACACCACCCCACACGUCACCCUUUUCGACACGGUGUGGAGCCUUCUUCUUAUCUCUUCUUUACACAACUCGAGUACACCCCUUCCUUUGAAAAUAGAUAUGUUAGUUCUGCACAUGCCUUAACUCUUAUAUUAAUAAAGAACAUCCGCCCAUUAUUAUGGCCACUCAGCUACCCAAUAUGAAGUAGACUAGUCGGUUUUGCGCCGUCCACACAAUAUUCCGGCGCUUAUCGGCCGCCUGGGAACCAGUUGAACCAACCAAACGACAGGGUAGGUUUCCUUUCGUUCCACUAAUAUUGAAAUGUGGACGUGCAACGCACGGCUAGAAAGCUUAUUUCGACCCCCCUUGCUUGCGGUUUUAACAAUAAAAAACAGCAGCCUAAGGACAUAAUCAGCCGUAAGGAAAAUGGAUCCCUUGUAUGUACCAUACAUAUACCGUACUCAUAAGAAGGCUCCCUCAAUACACAUUUAUGGACUCGUCAUAGUAACUAGCUACCGAAAGAUAUGUUGAGAGGUGAAGUAUGGAUAACCAAGUACAUUGAACGAUUGAGCUAAUGUCAAAACUGCCGUUGGGAAUGGAAAUAAAUAUUAACGCCCAGGACGCAGCAGCCACCGGGGGGGGGGGGAGGGGGAGAAAGGGAAUGAACACGAAAUGCUUUAAAACGAGAUCACAAGGUAGUGAGUGAUAGAUGCGAGUAACAACUAAGGCUCGCUCCAGCAAUUUAUUGUGGUAUAAAACAGGGAAGUAACAUAAGAGAAUUAUCUAUGGAAACUAUUAAGUGCAUAGCAGAAACAAGGGAAGCUGAUGUUACAGAACAGAUAGAAAGCAAAGCAGAAGCAUGGGUAAGGAUAAUGGUAACGGAGGGAUGUGCUUGGAAAUGAACGAAUGACAGGCAGAAUGAAAUCGGGUAAGGAUAUAAUGGUGGGUAGAAAUAAAAGUCAAGGAGAACGAACCUAGUAAAACAGAACCAUCGGGAAACCUUAGAAAGCAGACACGAAGGAAAGGAUGAAAGACAAAUCUAUAACCAGGUCGAAUGAGGAAUCAAUACAAAAAACAUAGGGAUACGGCCUGGUGAAAGUGCCUUGCAAACGGAAUGUUUUUUCCAGCGCGACGCUAUGCCCGAUAACAACCGAAACUCCAGGCGAGAAGCCCAUGCGAAGGGAGCAGCAAAACGUAAUGGUACAUCCUGUAAAUGCGCGAGGUAUUUCCUCAGAUGGAUUACUCUUCGACAAUGCACCAAGAGCACUUUAUAUGCCCACACUCACUGCAGGCCUCGGGGGACAAAUCGGGGUUGUUCAAAUGUUCGUUCCCAGAAACAUGGCAAUACCACCAACCUCUCAUUGGGGGCCGUGCAAACAGUUCGGGGCAACCCGCUAGGUGCACGUCGCAUUUCAUAACUGUGAAGUUCGCUCGAGUAACUGCAUUGUCAAGAGCAGCGUGGGAAGCCGGGUCACCGGUAGACAUAGGGCGUGGGAUCAAUGUCAGAAAUUCGUCGAGAGGCCAACCUAGGCGUGAUGUGUUUUGAGCCUCCCGAACUCUAGUAGUACAAACCGGGACGCACCGCGCGUUUCCGCUGUCGGUACAGGAUGAGCAUUUUGCAUGCGAACACACUGGACAUUUGCUAGGUGCAUUGGCGAUAAGGUUGAGUCCAUCGCAAUUACAGCAUGUCCAAGUGUCGUCGUAAACCCGA